AUGGAGACGCUGUUCGGGAAGAAGAAGAGUCGCCCUCGCCAGUCGUCUCUUUCAGCUCACGAUUCUGAACGAUCUCUGCGACCGACGUCCAAUGCUUCCUUCGCUACUACUCGAUCGGACACUAGCCGCCAUUCCCGUCUUGCAUCACUCUCCCCCCUCGAGGGUCAACAUCCCCAUCUCUCUAGUCUAUCUCAGCACCUGCAUCGUCUCGGAAGCACCGAUGAAUUUUACUUUCCUCGUCCCGAGAAUGACGAAGAGAUAGAAGCUCUCUUUCAGAACAUCAUGCGGCUGAGAGAUCUCGGCGACUUACCCAGCCUCUCGACCGACCAGAAGUGGCAUAUCGUCCACAAUGACGAGCACAUUCGUUGGAAGGAGGAGAAGCAGCGAGAAGAACAGGCCAGGCGGCAAGUAGAGUCGGGCCAGCCUCCUGCUUUCGUUGAGGGCACCCCGGAAUGGUACAUCAAGAGGUUCGUCGACAAGACCGUUACGGCGAAGCAAGCAUCAAGUCUACAAGUGUCUCUGCGGAGCAAGGAAUUGUCCUGGUUCAAACAUUUUGUCUCUCUUCAAGGCACGUCUGUGCUGGCGCAGACGCUCCAACACGUUAGCCGGAGGGCAGGACAGAGGCGGAAGGAUGAAAUUGAUCUUGAAUAUGAGGUUGCCAAGUGCAUCAAGCAGAUACUGAACCACCCGUAUUCCCUGAAAGAUGGGAUCACUCACCCGCAAAUAGUCGGCCAGAUCGCGUCGUCACUGAACACCCCGCAUGUACCCACAAGGAAGACUAUACUCGACGUGCUUGUCUUCCUUUUAUACUGGCAAGAGGGGAGAGCACAGCAGCUAGUAGUCGAUGCGCUGCAGGAACUCAGCACCGCAAAUCACGAAGAGCCCACAUGCUAUGCUUACUGGUUCAAAUCGCUCGAGACUGCCCUUGCUGGGCGGGGGAGGAUGGGGACGCUAGUAGGCGCAAGCGACGAAGUGAAGAGACAUGGCGGGAUAGACAGUUCCCUCAAUGACUACACAUUAGCGAACUUGUUCCUCAUAAGGGGCCUUCUCGAUAGCUUGGACGAAUUUGAGCUUCGCGUCCAUCACCGUGCGCAGAUGGAAGCCGUGGGUUUGCGACGGGUCAUGGCACUUUGUCAGACUUUCGGUGUCGCCGCUAUCAAUAAACAGCUGGAACUUAUCCAGCAGAUAUUGGACGAAGAUGACCGAAGGUUGAAGGAGCAGGUCGACGCCGAGACCUUGCGAGAUUACACGAACUUGGAGGACGUAUACAAUGCGCUGAAGUCCAGGACGCAGGAGACGAAGGCUGGAAACUACUUCCUGUCUAUGAUGCAGCAUUUGUUGCUCAUACGAGAGGAAGGCCCCUCCCUUGUCCAUUAUUACCAGCUCAUCGAUACGCUCGUUACUGACAUUGUGCUCGACAAACAACUCGGCCGUGCCGAGCAAAGACUAGGGCAUUCAGUAUCUCGGAUCAUUGCUCAGUUCAAUGAGUCCGAUCGAUAUCAGCACUUGGAGGACGAGCUUGCUAGAACACAUGCUGCUGCUCUCCAGCUCCGCUUGGAAAAGGAGUCUCUGGAGGAGGAGGUUGCCCAAGGUAGCGACGGUCUCGUUGGUUCUCUCAAAUCUCAAGUAGUGCGCCUGGAAGAGAAGCUCCAGGUGUCUCGGAACAACACUUCGAGGCUCCAGGGCCAGCUUGAGACACAGAAAGUUGGCUACGAGGAGCAGAUCGCACAGCUGGAGGCGCAGAUAAUGGAGCUCUUCAGGAUGUUGAAGGAGGUCGGCAAAGGCGUUAGCCAGAUCUUCGACAAUGCCGGUGCGAUGGAUCGCAAGACAUUGAUUGAUACACUCGAGAAGCAUUUCCAGCGGGAUAAGACAAUCAGCAUUCUCGAGGGUCGCGAUAAACGUCGACGACGCAAGCAGAAUGGUGAGACAGCUGAUGAAGGUUCGGACUAUAGCGACGACGAUACCCCAACACCGAAGAGAUCUGCUAGCGGUAGGCGGCGCCGCACAUCUGUCUCCAAGGGCAUGUCCAAAUCCUCAAAGGCCGCGCGUGAGUCCGAAGCGCAUAAUGGGAGGACAUCCCAGUUCAUGGAUGCCGAUGAUGCCUUCGUACAAGAGCAGAUACAACAGCAACUUGCGAAGGGCGCUGUGUACCCAGAUCGAGCAGGCACAAUCUCAAGUCCGAGGAGUAUCAGAGGCUCACCACGCCGAAAAGAUCCGUCGCGCCCUCUGUUAGGCGAGUUUGCCACACCUCCGUCGAAGCUGAGUAAUGCCGUGGUGCCUCAGACCGAGGAAGUCGGGAGUAUUAGCUCCGCGAUGGAUCAGGAAGAGCUGGAGAGUGAAUCUGGCCUGUCGUCCUCUGCCAGGACCAAUUCUUUUGCACCAACGGCCCCGACAUCGGUCGGCUCUGCCAUUUCCCUCGACCCUGAUCGUCCUACAGUUCCUGGCUCAUUGGCAGAGCAGCUGCGCAAGCAACUAGCUGCAAGAGGCCGACCACCAUCGGAGACAAGUCCGCAAGGAUCUCCAACAUUGCCUACUCUUCCAGAGGAGGUGGAUGUAUAUGGUAUCCCCCACCCGUCGCAACAGUCAUCGUAUACGGACACUGGCACUGCCGAUACCUCUUCGUCAGAAGCACCACCACCACCACCGCCUCCGCCUCCGCCUCCGCCCCCGCCCCCGCCUCCACCACCACCACCAGGCUCAUUCGGGAUUAUCACAAAUGGUGCCCAGGGACUCGCUCCGGGUCCUCCUCCGCCACCGCCGCCUCCACCACCUCCGCCGCCGCCUGGCGCCGACGGCCGCUCGAUGGCUCCGCCCCCUCCCCCGCCACCGCCACCACCACCAUCGGGGCGAUCGCUUGCUGGAUGGAAAUCGCCAGCUGGUGUUUCCUCUUCGGGAUCUACACUGAAAACAGGACUGUCAUCAGCGGCAAGUUCGGCGCCUGGCUCUGCUCGGUCGUCGAUGUUCCUUGGCGCGAACCUCAACAAUAUCCUAUCUGCGCGCAAGGACCUAUCUAUCACCCCGGGUACCAAGAUGAAACAGUUGCAAUGGGAUAAACUCCCGCAGCAGCAGGCCGUCAAGACCGUGUUCAAUGAGGAGGAGGCUAUCAAGGAAGAGGAGUGGGUACGCAAGUUGCAAUCUGAUGGCGUUUGGUCAGAAAUGGAAGAGGAUUUCAAAGCGAAACAGCUGGUCAUCAAUCUUAUGGCUAAGCAAAAACGGGCUGAACUCAAGAGUGUCCUCGAUCCACAGACCAAAAAGCGCGUCGAAAUCCUGAUUCAGACCGUCAAAAGAUUGCAGCCUGAGGAAAUCGCCAUGAAGAUCCGUCAUUUCGAUCAAGAAGUUUGUACCCAGGUAUUCUUGAGCGAGCUGAAGCCCGUCUUGCCAAAUCCAGAGCAGGUCGGCAAACUGAAUGUGUAUCGAAAUGCCGAUGCGGAAGAACUAGCCGGGCUGCAUCCUUCUGAUCGUCUUAUGGUACAGCUUAUCAAGAUUGACCGGUUAGCACCCCGUAUCGAAGGCAUGCUCUACAAGGUUGUUUUCGAAGAGACUUGGUCACUCCUUGAUGACAGCGCUCGUAAAUUGUCGGAGGCGGGUCAUGCUUUGCUACAUGCGAAGCACUUCAAGGAACUACUGAGUCUCAUCCUACUCAUUGGUAAUUAUAUGAAUGGAACCGGUGUGAAAGGCGGUGCUUUUGGGUUCCGUGUGAGUAGUAUCAACAAGCUUGUAGACACAAAGUCGGUCCAUAAUACGACACUUCUGCACUUCUUGGAACGCACAGUCACAAAACACUUUCCGGAUAUGGAACAGUUCUUGGAAGAACUGGGCGCUCCGGCUGAAGCUUACAGAGUGAACUUGCAGGAUGUGCGCAAGAGUCUCUCGGAAUUGCGUGAAGGUCUCAAGGCGAUACGGCAAGAAUUAACCGAGCAUUUCUCUGAGAUCGAGCAGAGCGAUAGAUACGGCAAGCAGAUGUGGUCAUUCAUCGGGCGUGCCACCGCUCAAGUUGAGGAUCUGGUCGAUGAUGUCAAUCAUGCCGACGCGAUAUACACUGAGGUGGUCCGGUAUUACGGCGAAGACGAGAAGUCUCUCAAAUCGUCCGAAUUUUACGGCAUUUUCAAGACAUUUGUGACCUCUUACAGGAAAUGCAAGGGGGACAAUCAGAGCUUAGCAGAGGAGAAACUGGCGAUGGAGAAGCGGAGGCAGGCGGCUGAGGAAUCCAAAGCUCAUAGGCAACGGGUAGCCGACGACAGCACUGUUCAAGAGAACGAGGAUACCUCAGUACUCGACAAUCUCCUGGAGAAGCUGCGGAAUGGCGACAAUGUGGGUCGUAAGACUCGUCGAACCCGACCUGGCAUCGUCUCUCGAGUCAAUGCGCCUCUGGCAUUAAACACCGAGGCGCUCCUCCGCCCUGGAACCGGUACCGGCGAUGACACUGUGGACAUAGCGAAGGAUAUGCUUGCCCGCCUCAAAAUGGACGGAUUUGACGCGUUGCCGCCGGCAUCGCCGACUAGCUCGAGUGCCUCGCGGAGGUCGCGUCGAAGGCAGGGAUCAGCCUCCACUAGAAGUUCCGCUAGACAAUGGAUCGACGAUGGAACUUUGACUGAGACUUCGGUCUCACAGGGCCAGGACGCACUGAUGGCUGAUGACUCUACUGUGGACGGUCUAGAUACCAUAGGUUCCGAGGCUGAGGUCGACGGUACGGAGACGGAAGCAUGAGGUUUAUACCCAUCGCUGAAUGGCUUACCUGGAUUGCUACAUAUAUUAUUCAUGUCGCGCAUUUCUGCUUUCACGUCAUCUCGCUUGUAUAGCAUGAUUACAUGUAUAUUAGUAGGUUGUAGACACUAUUGGUUCAUGCGUUUCUCCUAUC